UUUUCUUAACCGUCAAAAACAGCAUGCCAACAUGGACAAAAAAACGUGUCGAUGCGGGCCUCUACAUAUAUGAGCAAAAAUAGAAUUUCUUUCUUUCUGGAUCGUUUUUUCCAUGAUGAUUUCUUUACCCGAUUUUUCUUUUCCAUUAAGUGAUGGUCAAUAUAUGAAAUGUUUUAGUACGAAAACACUUUCACGACGAGUGAUGAAUUUGUCUAUGUAUAGUCAGAAUCGUAUACAUUCAAUUCUGUUUUAUUUUUUUAAACAAGAAGAAAAGUUUAGUUCGUCGAAAUUAUCGUCAACUCUAUAUCAUUUUCAGUAAUCAUUUUGGCCGUGAGGUCUUUUCUUUUCUUCUUCCAGUAUUUAAGUACAAGUAAUCACAUAUAUAAGCCUCAUAAGUUGUUUCUGUAUCUCUCUUACAACUCAAAAACUGGAAACACGCAAAAUGUGUAUAAUAGAAGUAAGCGUAUCUUCAGUCAUUUGAAACGAGAUUAAGACCAUGGGCUGUAUCAGUUACAUUCACUGCACAUCUCUACUCCAUAUUUUUGACUAAUAGUAAGCUUUUUCACAUCCUCAGGCGCAACAACAACCGUCAUUCAGCUAUUUGAGUGGUAUAACCACAUUACUAGUUGGCAAUCGCCUAAACGAUCUUGCAUGUGCUCUUGAACGCGCUUUUGGUGUGUAUGGGCGUGUCGUGGCUGUAGAAUUAGAUCCAAAGGAAAAUAAUGUACAGUUCAUUAUUCGAUAUUUCCAAGCCGAUGCGGCCGAAAACGCGU